UCAAGCUUUCAAAUUUCAUAGUGGAGCUCAAAGUUCAAAACUUUAUAUAAAUCUCUCACUGCCCCACAAGUUUUCUUGAAUGUACUGGUGCCACCAUCAUUUUUUCUGAUUCUUUUCCAGGUGGGUAUGGGUAUCUCUUCUUGGCCAAAGAACAAUUGAGUAGGAGUGUUAUCUGAGUGUAGAGAAUCUGAAAACAUUCUUGACGAUUUCAAGUUUUGCAGAACAAGAAUCUGUGCUGUUAGAGCUUGCAUUGUUUUGAGGAAGCCAAAUGCCAAGAUCAAGGGGAUCAGAAAUGCCUCAAAGGCAAUCACCCAGAGCUCCAUCUCAGCUAAAAACUUCAAGCUCAGAUUCAGACUCUUCGCAUCACCGGGCGGUGAAUGACCGGAGCCCCAAGCCGUUGAGUGAUCGGCGAUCAUCGCCGCGCAGUGCCCAGUCUGAUGCCCCGAGCCAGAAGAAGCUCGGGGCGCGAAUCACCGACUUAGAAUCCCAGCUCGGGCAAGCGCAGGAAGAGCUCAGGUGUCUGAAAGUGCAAUUGGCCUCAGCUGAGGCUGCAAAGAAAGCAGCUCAAGAACUGCUCGAGAAGAAAACGAAGAAACCAUCUGAAAAUGCAGAUGAAAUCGCGGGCGAUUGCCUGCAAGAAACUGAUGUUUUCGAGAUUUCUGUGGAACCAAAACCUAAAUACAGUGAAGCUAGUGAUCAAGAAGAGGUGUCUAAUGAAAAGCUGAGGCUGAAGAACGACGAAUUGGACUCAUUGAGGGCGAAAUUAGAAGAGAAGGAAAACGAGCUCGAAAAGUUUAGCCAAGAAAAUAAAAGCUUAAAUCUGCAGCUAGACGAAAAGGUUGUGGAGGUAUCAUCAGCUAAAGCCAAGGAAGAAGAAACAGCUCUUAAGCUAAACCAAGUCAUCGAAGAGCUGGAAGCUACUAAGAGCAAUGCAGCCGGGAUAAACGAGAAGCUAGACGCCACAGAGAAGGCGAAGGAGGAGUUAGAAGCCGAGAUGAAGAAACUCCGCGUGCAAACUGAGCAGUGGAGAAAGGCAGCAGAUGCAGCAGCUGCAGUUCUUGCAGGCGGGGCAGAGAUGAACGAGGGAAGGAUUUCUGAGAGGUGUGGAUCGAUGGAUAAACACUAUAACAGCAGUGUAUUUGAAUCUGCGGUGGGAGGAUAUGGCAGCUAUUUGGGCUCUCCCGGGUUGAUUGGUGAAACCGAAGAUUUUGGAAGUGGGAAGAGGAGAAGCUCCGGCAUCAAAAUGUUUGAUCUGUGGAAGAAGAAAACCCAGAAAUAAGCAGUUUUUCAACACUUGCCACUACAGGAGAAACUCUCUCCUAGUUCUUUUUUUGCUGGCUUGUAAGAUGAUUACCUACCAUUUUGAUCAUGUUUCAACCUAUUAAAUUUUGCAUGUGUUCAAAUUUUUAUGAACUCCUUCCACUUCUUUUCUUGAACCUCUAAAAUGCAACAGAAAGGGGCAAUUCCAGCCAA